UCUACCACGUUUCAGAAUGAAGAUCUGUGUCUUACUUGCCGUCCUAGUUAAUGCUUUCUGCAUCAGCUAUGCAGAAGGCAGUUCAUCGAGAGCUGGAAUUGCCAUAACUGACAGUGAACUCCUCAGUUUGUCUGCACAACUCUAUAAUGUAGAUGUCAACAAAGCUACAAGCAGCCUUCUUUCCAUCAACAAGCAGACCUUGAUCCCCAACUCUGACACUGGACUGGAAGUGGACCGUGCAACCAGUCUGCUGUUUGCAUAUGUCAAUGAAGCCACACUUUUCUCAAGACCCACCUUCAAAGCCUUUAUCACCUUGCUGGAUAACUACGACAGGAUGACUGGUGUAACAGAAUCUUUUACCUCUGCACAAAUCGCUGAACAGGAUGCAUUCCUUCAAGAAAUCAUGAGCACAUCUGUCAUGAAGGAGCUCUUCAAGUUUUUGCAGAGCAAAGCAUGGUACAGCACAGAGACCGAGUUCAGUACUGACCUGAAGAAAAUGUGGUUUGGCUUGUACUCCAGAGCAAGUGGCAAACUGGAUUCCAGUGGCUUUGAGCAUAUUUUUGUUGGUGAAAUAAAAAGCAAGAAGGUAUCUGGCUUCCACAACUGGGUCCAGUUUUAUCUCAAUGAGAAGAAAGGUUUAUUAAACUACUACAGCCAUAACUAUGACGGGCCGUGGGAAUCAUAUCCUGAUGUUCUUGCAAUGCAGUUUAACUGGAACAACUAUUACAAGUCAGUGGGAUCUGCUUUCAUUGGGUCCAGCCCAGAGUUUGACUUUGCCAUCUACACUCUAUGUUUCAUUGCACGACCUGACAAGGGAUGUAAAGUAAACCUGGGUGGCUAUGUGCAAAGCAUUCAGACCUACACCUGGACAAAUUCCUUUUAUGAUGGUGACAAGAGAUAUGUGGCAUCUGCUUAUCCAAUAUCACCUUAAAACAUAAAGACAUUUGGUUCACAAACUACAAAUACUUCAUUUAAUGUAUUAUUAGUGCAAUAAAAUAAUGCAUA